AUGCCUCAACUGGUCGUCGUCGAUGGAGACUAUUACGGCGGAUCAUCGGCCGCGGUUCCUUUCAAAUGGGAAUCUCAGCCCGGAACUCCAAGUCGUCUCUUUAAACGAUCUUCAGCUUCCGGUUUCGACUCUGAUUCUGAUUUCAGUUCUCCGGUUUCAGCUCCACUCACACCUCCUCCUUCCUACUUCAACGCCUCACCUUCCUCUACAAAAUCCGUAAACCCUAAAAAAAACAACUCUCACUUUCGUUCCUUGCUUGCCAAGAAUCGUAGCGCCUUGUCGUCUCCGGCUGCUUCUUCGUCGUCAUCCUCGUCUUCGACAUCUUCUGUGCCAUUUUCUCCUUCGAGGAACGGAAGGAACAACCGUAGAUCAGUGUGGCUGGGAUCGGCUUAUAGUUUAGACUACGGAUCUAAUCAUAAUAAUAAUGCUAAAUCUUCAUCAGGAUGUUACGCUUCCAUAGUCAAGGUGUUGCUCAGAGAUUUCAAAUGA